GUCCGCAGUCGAAGCUCGAAAGCGAAGGGAUCCGAAUUUGGCCCUGCGGAACGUACGACAGAGAGAAAGAAGAGAGAGUUCUGAACCAACCAUCCAUCGCUCCUCCCUCUUUCUUUCUCUCUCGCUUUCUUCCAGAGCUUCAUCUUCACCUUCAUCCUCUCAAGAAUUCGUUUGCAAGUCCUUCGAAUCCAGGAACAAUGAUUAAGCUUUUUAAAGUGAAGGAAAAGCAGAGAGAGAUUGCACAGAAUGCCAAUGGAAAACCUCCUGGCAAGAAGCAAAGUGCAGGAGAAUUGCGCCUUCAAAAAGAUAUCAGUGAAUUGAACCUACCAAAAACGUGUUGUAUAUCGUUUCCUAACGGCAAGGAUGACUUGAUGAACUUUGAGGUCACUAUUCAGCCUGAUGAAGGAUAUUAUCUAGGCGGCACGUUUCUCUUCUCUUUCCAAGUUUCCCCUGUGUACCCUCACGAGCCACCGAAAGUGAAGUGCAAGACAAAGGUGUAUCAUCCUAAUAUUGACUUGGAAGGAAAUGUUUGUCUCAACAUUUUAAGAGAGGACUGGAAGCCCGUUCUGAAUAUCAACACUAUAAUAUACGGAUUAUUUCAUCUUUUCACGCAACCAAAUCAUGAAGACCCCCUCAACCACGAUGCUGCAGCUGUGUUAAGGGAUAACCCGAAGACGUUCGAAUCCAACGUGAGAAGAGCCAUGGCUGGGGGAUAUGUGGGACAGACAUACUUCACGCGUUGCAUGUAGACUCUACGUGAAUUGUAAAGUCACCAGAUACAUCAUUCGAAACAUGGGCUCGACGAGGUCUUCGAACUUCUCUGGUAAGGUAAUGUCUAAUGUGUUGAGUACUGUCUGAUCACCGACGCAACACGAAAUCCUUUGUGAACUUUGUUGUGUGUUUGCAGUAUUGGUUUCCAUGGAAGUUGGACUGGAAACUGAAACACUUAUCUCUGUGUAUGUAUUUCCUCUAAUUUAUCUUGAAAAGACAGAUUGCUCUUUUUCUAUCAGUUGAAAGUAUAAGUUGAAAGUAUAAGGUAUGUUUUUGGAGCC